AUGCUUCGUUCACCGAAUAAAGCAGGAUCAGAUUCCGAUAUCUCCAAAUUACCGAAAACCCCUUCUUCGCUUGCGGUUUCAAGACAAAAAAGACGUCACGAUGAACUCUCAAGGGAUGACUUUCUUUCGUUCAAGGAAGAAGUUAUGCAAAUGCUGAAGUCAUGGAAAGCUGAUCAUGACAACAGACUAUCUAACAUGGAAAAUAGUCUUACAAAUAUAAAGAAGAUAAAUACAGACAUAGAAAAGUCACUGGAAUUUAUAUCUCAGAAAUAUGAGGAUAUGCAAAACAAAAUAAUAACGCUUGAAAAACAAUGUAAAGAUAAUCAUAAAUACAUUAUAUCUCUGGAAGAAAAAGUUGAGGAACUCUAUCGAAAUAGCAGAAGAAAUGGCAUAGAGAUACGUAAUAUUCCUGAAAAAGAAAAAGAAAACAAAAACGAUUUAACACAAUUAGUGAUCUACCUCUCGAAAACAUUAAAUAUUAAUUUACAAUCGUGUGAUAUUAAGAAUAUAUUUCGUGGCCCCGGAAAAAAGGGUUCCACCAGACCCAUAAUUGUUGAAUUAGUAAACAUGUCACAAAAGCAGACAAUACUUAGCUCUGUAAAAUCAUUUAAUAAAAACAACCCUAGUAAAAAACUCAAUGUGUCGCAUUUUGGUAUAAAUACUAGUGCCUCUCCAGUGUAUGUAUCCGAACACCUUACCCCUAGUAUGAAGAAAAUAUACUAUCUGGCACGUCAGUUAACAAAAGAAAAAAUGUACAAGUUUUGCUGGACUGCAAACGGAAAAGUUUUUAUACGAAAAUCAGACAGAUCACCUGCGAUAUUAAUUAGAAAUGAAGCCCAAUUCGAGGAUCUAAAAUGUGAAUGA